UUGCGGUGCAGUUCGUUGUUGAUCGUCGGUUGCGACGCCGGCUGGUUCUGCUCCCCCGCAUUUGGGAAAUCAUUCGAAGGGGUCUCCGAUCUUCUUCGAUAAUCUUCUCUCACGAGUUUAUUCCAACGUCGGCCGUUCAUCUCCGCGGGCGAAAACUUUUCGAAUCAACGUACACGAUGAGCUGCAAUUGCCCUUUGACGGCGUCAUCGGGGCCAACGUUGGCUUCGACCUGCGGUGGCCCGUCCUUCAUGCUCUUCAUGGGUCUCCUCGAGGUUUUUCUGCGGAGCCAGUGCGACCUCGAGGAUCCUUGCAACCGGCCGCAAUCUCGAGAUUACGUCGACACAAGAUACGAUUUCAUCGUGAUAGGAGGUGGCAGUGCUGGGGCGACAAUCGCCGCCCGAUUGUCGGAGGAAAAUAGGUUUUCGGUGUUGCUGUUGGAGGCGGGUUUGGACGAACCGACGGGCACUCAGAUUCCAUCGUUUUUCUUCAAUUUCAUAGGCAGCGAUAUAGACUGGAGAUACACGACGGAGAGCGAGGACGAAGCUUGUCUAAAUAAAGAUGACAAAAAGUGCUACUGGCCCAGAGGAAAGGUCCUAGGAGGCACCAGCGUGAUGAACGGUAUGAUGUACAUGCGGGGAUCCCGUAAGGACUUCGACGACUGGGCCAGCCUUGGCAAUCCUGGAUGGUCCUACCAGGAAGUCCUUCCAUAUUUCAUGCGGAGUGAGGAUAAUCAACAGAUCGACGUGAUGGACUCCGGCUACCACGCGACUGGAGGACCUUUGACUAUCACCCAAUUCCCCUACCAUCCACCCCUCAGCAAGGCCAUCAUGGAGGCCGGAAAGGAACUUGGGUACCCGGUGCUUGAUCUGAACGGACGCUCCCACACCGGGUUCACAAUUGCUCAAACCACUUCGCGUAAUGGCUCGAGGCUGUCAACGGCACGCGCCUUCCUGAGGCCGGCACGGAACCGCCGCAACCUCCACAUAAUGCUCAACUCAACGGCGACGAGGGUUCUCCUGGACAGCAACAAGCGGGCCAUCGGCGUGGAAUUUUUCUUCGAUGGAAAACUCCACCAGGUUAUGGCCAACAAAGAGGUCAUCGUCAGCGGAGGCGCCGUAAACUCACCCCAAAUCUUGCUGAACAGUGGAAUCGGUCCGAGUGAAGAAUUGCAGGCGGUUGAUGUUCCCGUUCUUCAUAACUUACCAGGCGUGGGGAAAAACCUUCACAAUCACGUCGCUUUUGGAGUGGGAUUCACCAUCAAUGACACGGACACGACGCCGUUGAACUGGGCCACUGCAAUGGAGUAUCUCCUCUUCAGGGAUGGCCUCAUGUCAGGCACCGGCAUAUCGGAAGCGACUGCAAUGAUCAACACGAAGUAUGCAAAUCCUCGAGACGAUCAUCCUGACAUCCAGCUGAUAUUCGGAGGAUACCUCGCGGAUUGCGCGGAGACAGGAAUGGUCGGAGAAAAGAAGGGAGCCAAUCGUAGCAUCUACAUAAUCCCCACGCUAUUGCACCCGAAGAGCCGUGGGUACCUUCGACUGAGGAGCAGCGACCCUCUCGACAAGCCGAUGAUCUAUCCGAAGUACCUUACAGUCCCAGAGGACGUAGCGCGCCUCGUCGAAGGCAUCAAGUUCGUCGUGAGACUGGCGGAAACCGAUGCCCUGAAAAGGUACGGCUUUCAGCUCGACAAAACGCCGGUGAAGAACUGCGAGCACUUGAAGUUCGGGUGUGACGCCUACUGGGAAUGCGCUGUUAAGCAUGACACUGCGCCGGAAAAUCAUCAGGCUGGAUCGUGCAAGAUGGGACCAGCCAACGAUCCGAUGGCAGUCGUCGACAACGAGCUCAGGGUGCGAGGCAUCAGGAAUCUGAGGGUGGCCGACACGAGCAUCAUGCCAAGAGUGACGUCAGGAAAUACCAACGCCCCGGCUAUCAUGAUCGCCGAGAAAGCUGCCGACAUGAUAAAGAGGACGUGGAUCGGGUGAAUCCAAAGAGAGUAACGAACGCCAAGGAAGAGUAAAAUAAAAGUAAAUUAUUCGAAAAUACGGGGAUGAGACGAAGCGUCGUUUUUGCUGGUACCGAAUCCCUCGACAUAAUCGUGACUUGUCGCUGUAGGAAAAACUUCGGUGCAAAUUACUCUCUUAUCUCCUAGAGUACGUCCUUCUACCUCCUCUCGACAGCGUGUCUGUUUCCCUCGUGUUUUCCGCAAUGGGCGCAAUGUUGAAAGAAUUUACUUUAGAACGCAAGGAGGCAAUUCCUUAUUCCUUAGAAGAAACUCAGUGACAAUGAACAAUUUUCAGGACCGUGCCUACAUGUGUACAUCGUUCAGCAUUUAGAAGGUACAGGUGACCUUCUAAACGCUGGAACAUUAUCCUCAUUGUUAACCAAAAGACGAAAAAAUCAGUAGCUUCGGAAGAGUUUUAUUUUUACCAGUAAUAUACCGUACAACCUAAUCGCAUACCUGUAGCAUUCUUAAUACUAACUUAAUUCUUGUACAAAUCUACGCAGGAAAUGAUGAAGAAAAAACAGAUGUCAAUCAAACUUAGCAUAAUACCAGUUACUAUACUAUAUUAAUAAUAACAUUAUCCCUUUACGCAUUAUUGUUAUACUUUAGUAUGAUACAGUAUUUACAUUUAGCCGUAAGAUUUAUAACGGUCGUAUCGUAUCGAGCGUCUAGUUGGAAUAAAGUAAAGCAAAGUACAGUGAA